UGACAUAUACGCACCUAAAACCAUUUUUAUAAUUCGAACAGACGAAAAUUGUUUUGUUUAUUUUAUUCCAUUAACCGAAUAUCAUUUUUUAAAAUAAAUUCGUGAAACCAAUAUGAGUGUGGAUGCACCAGAGAAAAAUGAAUAUCCACGAGCGUCACGUGGAUUGGUGUUUGCGUCGAUCGUCACCUAUGUUGGUAGCAUAUUUUUGUUAAUGUCGUUUUGUUCACCGUAUUGGAUUGAGUCAUAUGAUGAAUCAUUCAGUUCAUUCAAAAAAAUGGGAUUGUGGGAAUAUUGUUUCAAAGAUUUCUACUAUCCAAACUACCAGUUCCCGAAAAAGUUUAACGGUUGCCAUAAUAUUUUCAGUUAUGAAUACUAUAUGAUUCGAGAGUAUUUGCUCCCUGGCUGGCUAUUAUUUGUGCAAAUUUGCAUAACUUUGGCCUUUAUUUUAACUUUUGGGACAUUGGGUUUGUUGGCGCUAGUACUGGUACGAUGGCCCCUAAAGUUAGUGCUGCAGUAUGAAUGGCUAAUGACAAAAAUAUCUCAUAUUGCACUCGCAGUAGCAAGUUCAUUAAUAUUUUUGGGAAUUCUCAUUUUCUGGUUCAAUGCAUAUCGUCGCGAUUGGAUGAUGUAUCCAAAAUUCAAUAUUAUAUCAUGGUCAUUUGGUUUGGGUGUUGUUGCAAUGGCACUAUUGGGUGCAGCAUCUGCAUUGCUAUAUCGUGAAGCUCUACGUGCCUAUGGAAAUCGCCAUCAAGCCAAAAAUUUGGUGAUGCAAAUGGAAAUGCAAGAACCAAGUUUUCAUCCAUCUCGGUCACUGUCUCGAAGUCUCCACAGUGGUGGAUAUAUAUAAGAAAAUCCUUUGAACUUUGACAUCCAAAAUUUGUCACUGCUCAAUGAGCAGUGCUCAUUAUUAUUAUAACAUAUGUAUUGUAGUUGGUCAUUUGUCGAUAUGUUAAUGAUCAAACAUUUUUUCAUCGAUGUCUUUUGCAAUUUAGUUUCAAAGUAAAAAUCGUAAUGUUUAGUUUUCAAAACAAUUGUGCAAAAACACUUUUCAAAAUGAUGAUUUUGGAUAAGUUUCUAUGCGUUUUGACAAAGUGCACUUCAUAUCGCACUUGUUCAUUAAUGAUCUUGAGAAAAUAGCUUUUAAAUUUUUUUAACCCAAUCCGUCCAUUGUAAACUUACACACAUACAAUUUUUUUAUAUAAUAAAAAUAUAGACAUUUACCUGG